GAUGAAGUGUUUACAGUGUAGAGAUAUCAGUCGCGUACAUAUUUAUCUAGAGAAAACUUUACCUGUUAAACUGGUUGUAUCAUUGGACAAUCGUUCGUUAUCCGUGGUAGGCACAAAUUAAUAUCUUUGGAAGUUUGUUGUUUUGACACGGAUAUUAAGGAUAUGGCGACUGCCGAAGUGGACGGGGCUAGAUCGUCAGAAAGAUCUAUCAGUUUGGAGAACAAAGAGGAAAAGCUUGAGGAUACUGAAAAUGUUGGUACAGAUCUUGACCACCACUGUCAGUCUUGCUUUACUGAAGACAUGACAGUCAAAUCAUCUAAGUUUUGUGUAGACUGCAAUGAAUUCCUCUGCAAAGACUGCGUUAGAGCUCACAGAAAAUUAAACUGCACCAGACACCAUCAAAUUGUGGACAAAAGAGAUGAAAUAAACAGCCGUCCUAUAACGACGAGUGCAGGUUUAUGUUUUUAUCACUCUAAUAAGCAAUUAGAUCAGUUUUGUGAACAGCAUGAUGAAUUUUGUUGCGUUUCAUGUUUGAAUACCAGACAUAGGACAUGUAAGGCUAAAUCCACUAUAUACGAAGUAUCAUCAAAACUUUCAAAGAAAGAAAUUAAUGACGCUGAAGAGAAAGUAGAAAAGGUUAUAGUAAAGUUGCAAGAAGUCAAGGCAACUCGCUCAAAAGACGUAGAUUUGCUGGUUACUCAGAGGCAAGACACCCUGAAUUCCCUCGGAUCAAUAAAACUUGAUUUGCAGAACGUAUUUGAGCAACUUCACCAAAAACAUACAGAAACUAUUGAAAGGAAGUGUGUAAAACUUCGAGGAAAAUUAGAAAAUGACAUUCAAACGUGCGUCGAAAUGGAAGACAGUUUAAAGAAAUCUGAACUGGCAUUGAAAUGUGAAGAUAAAAUAGAGCAGUUUGUAACUAUAAAACAGCUCUUAAAACAACUUGUCAUUGUCGAAACUACAGCAAAUGCAAUGGUAAAUGAAGUUCCGGAAAAGAGUUUGGAGUUGAAGAGAACGCCGCUUUGUUCAAGAGUACUGAAUCAACCAGAACUCCUCAUCGAUUUCUCCGAGGAUAUGCGCGUAUACAAAACAAUUGGCGAAGCAGACACAGUCUGUAACAGGAAAAUAAAUAUUGAAUAUAAAGAAUACAAAAUGUUGCGUUGCACAUGUAUAUAUCGGGGACCGUCAGAAUUGAUAUUUACUGACAGCCCAUCAAUAUCAAUACAUGACACAAUGAGAAAACAAACUAAGCAAAUGAGCUUUCCUAUAAAGAUUUCGGCUAUAGCUGUGGAGCAAGAUAAAUUUUUCAUCGCUCUGCAAGAUAAAGGUUUGAUCGUUACUCCAGGGGAAAACGACGAAAUGAAAACUAUUCUUAAAACGGUUGAGCCAUGUGUUGGUAUCAUUAAAUCAUCCAACAUGUUUUAUGUCACAGUUGUGAGCAAUCAGGCAGGCCAGCUGCGGGAAUAUACCAUUAAGGGAAAUCUGAAUAAUGUUUUAAAAACAAACGAUAAGGGAGAAAACAUAUUUACCGACGGUAUUGGAGACAUUAAAAUAUCUAAGCAAGAAAAGAAGUUGUAUGUUGUAGAUAAGAAAGUUGGUGUAGUUAUUGCAUCUGUCAUUACAUUCAAGAUAAUUAAAAUAAUUUCGAAUCUCAACGGUCCAAAGGGGAUUUCUCUAGUGGAUGAUAUAUCUCUCUUUGUUCUGUUUGAAAAUGGGGAAGUCAGACAAACUGCAGAUGAGGGAGAAACGUGGAAUGUUGUAUUUAAAAAGGAGCCAAAUAUGAGAUAUGGAUUUGGUUUAGACAGGAAUACAAUAUAUCAUUCUGUCUGUUGGGAUGGAUACUCCUCAAUGUAUGUGUCGUGUUCAUACGGUCCGUAUCUGAAAGUCAUGCAACACCGCCUGGAAUUCCACCAUAAGUAAUGGUAGGGAAUUCAACCAUAAGUAAUGGUAGAAUAACUGAAUACAAUGUAUACACUUACUUUUAAAAGUGUUACCGAAAUAAGAACGAAUUAGACCGUGUGUCCAUUUUACUGUUAACACAUUAGAGAGCUCAUUUCCUGAGCCAUCUUUAGGUCUGUUUACACCAAGUACGAAGUGACUACACAGUGUUACAUGUGAAGUAGUCCAAAAUGUAGUUCCAUGUUGUUGAUGUUGUUGAUGAAAUCUAGUAUAUAGUCAUAUAAGGAUGUGGUAGUUAUAUUUUUGGCUUAGUUUUAUUGCUUUCUCUAGCUUAAGAGCUAGACCAUUUUCAUUGUGCACUUCUAGGUAUUAGCCCUAUUCAUUGAGAAAAUGUCUACAUACGCGUAAUUGCUAAACGUCGGAUUUCGUUGGAGCAUUUUCUGACGUUUCUCAGAACAGAUUAUUUUUCUAAUAUGUAACAUAACAGCUCAAUACUUUUUUUUUGUAUUUUUGGUAAGAAGACAUGUUAUACUAAAUGGCUGUUAUGAUUUUCAUGUCAUUGAAAUGCUCUAAAGUACUCAAGAUUGUUUAUAUGAAAUAAAGAAGGUACUGAAAUGGUAUAAUGUAACCUUUAUGAAACUAGCAAUAGAACAUAUAUGGCCGGUCAAGUUCUUUAAUAGGUAACUCUAGGGUAAUUAUCAGAAUUGUCAUAUUUUAUAUUGUUAACCCAUGCGAGAUCUUAUUUCUUGAACGUAUACAUAACGUUUAUAACUACAAGAUCUACCUUAAAUUCAAUAAUGUGCAAGAUUGCUCCGGUAACAUCAGAGUUAUGACCCUUGGAAUAAUUGAGAAUUGCAUUAUUUUUCAUUUUUUAAACAUAGUAGCUGUCAUAUUUCUUAAGCAAUCUUAAUGAAAUCUGAUCAGACUGUUUGUCUGUAUUGAAUUUAGUUCAGUUUUGAAAACUGUUGCACAUGGAGUUGAAAACAAAUUAGUGUUUACCCUAACUUUUCAACCAGUCCCAUGCAAGACUAAUUUUUCGAACAGCUAUUCAUGAACAGAACAGAACAUAGUUUAUUCAACUUGUACACAUAUACAGGUACCUCGUUGUACAAAACAUUCAUACAAUAAUCAUAAUGCACAUGGUCAUUUCAAAAUAUAUGUUAUAUCGAUGACUUUACAAACAAUAUUUUUUCUAUUACACAUACGAUCUUUCAUUAUAUCAGUACUUGUUUAAAUAGUUAAUGUCUCUUGUUGUAACAAGCACAGUGGAAAGAAAAAUAAUUAAUUUGCAAACUAAAAAUAAAAUAGUUAGGAUUUGGAGAAUGAACUUUAAGGUCAAAAAUUUAAUAGAGUGUAUUUUCUCUUUUUAAGAGCUAUUUUACUGACUCAUGUAAUUAUAAAACUCAUACACACACAAACAUACUACGUACUAAGCUUCAAGAUUCAAUAAAUCAUUUCUUUUCUUAUUAGCUUGAAGAAUGUAUUUAGCGAGAUUUCUAAUAACAACUUUAUUUUCUGACUUGAGUAACUGAAUGAAUUUGUGCAUACUGGGACGUCUAUAAAAAUACGAUUUUAUGAAUUGGUGUCGUAACUGCUCAUAUACUUUACAUUUAAUGACAAAGUGGUACUUGUCUUCUAUGUCACGCGACUCACAUAGCUGACAGAUUCGUUCGACCCUUUCGAUACGAUUUCUACCGUGCCUACCUGUUUCAAUUCGCAACUUAUGCGCUGAAACACGCAAUUUGGCUAGUGCCUGACGUAAAGUUUUUGUAUUAAGAACGUGAAGAUAGUCACUUGGGACAAAUUCGUCUUUUACAUAAAAAUAAAAGUUGUUAAGAACAUUGUUACUUUGUAAAUCUGCCCGCCAUUGUUGGACGUAACAGUCUAUAUUUGUUUAAAAAUGGGAAAGAAUGUUUUGGAAAUUACACUGUCCUGAUAAUUCCAGACGUCAGGAAAGCCAUACUGACAUAGCAAGUGCUUAACUUUACUGGCCCAGUUAGCUUUACCAUUUAAGCAUUUGUUAAACGAAUUAUUAUAAAUGUAUUUUAGUAGUAUGUUAUUUGACGAAAGAAGUUGUAACCAAUAUUUAAUAAUUUGAAAAUGUCUCGAGAUAAACAACGGAUACCGUGCCAAUUCGCCGUAUACGGCCGCAUUACUGGUGCUUUGUCUUACAAUAUUUUAAGUGCACGCGUUCUAUUUCAUGAAGGGUGAACAUAGACGAGAGAGGCUGAUCUAUAUAUCGCAGAAGUAGUAAAACACAAAGUCGGAUAGAGGCAAUGAAGUGAAAUUUUCAUCAUUAACAAACCGCGGUCGGUCGCUGAGUUCCCUCCCUACUGGUUUAUUAAUGAUGAAGGUUUCAAUUAAUACCUUCUGUCCUAUACAUAGCAUCCUUGCCUGGAGCUCUUUGAGAUUUGUUGUAGUGGUUCUUUUUCAAACUUAAUCUGUAGUAUUCAAAUUCACGGUCAGAGGAGCGACUCAAUGCCCUGAGUGACCCUCUUCUUUGAUAUCAUUUUAGACUAGUGGCUUGUUUGGUACUUAAUCAAUGUUUGGUACAUAAUUAAGCAUUUGAAAUUUUGUGUAUUAGCUUAGUUUUAAAUGAAUACAAACGGACAUAAGUAGAAUUUCAAUGCAUUGCACCAAUAAAGUCCAAAGUCGCCGAAAACGAAUUAAUUAAGAAUUUUUUUUUAAAGUAAUUAAAAUUUAUUUCAAAAUAAAGAAGGGUCAGUUUUCUGGCUUGAAUAAAACUAUUUGAUAAGAAAGCUGGACAAGGAUAAGGGCCGAUUGUUGCUAAGUGAUUUUGUCGAAGUGAUUUUCACAUCUAAUGGGUAAUAUUUCAUGAUGGGUACUUAGAGCACAACAUUGGGCAUUACGAUUCAGCAAAUACAGCUUACAAUAAUUCUUGCCUAUGCAUUUCUUGUACAACAAAAAAUAAGUUAGUUUUGAAGCAAAUAUUAAACUAAAUAAUCUUACAUUCGUAUUUAAAUUUAUCUAAUUCAUUACAUUUACACGCAAUGCUUAUCAAAACUAUUGGCAUACGUAUUUGACAUCAUUUGGCGUAUAUUGGGAGAAUUUCAAUUUCACUCUUGAUCUUUGUAGUGGCUUAACAAAAUUACGACAUUAGAUACAUUGUAUUAUUUCUGUUUAUUUUCUACGCUAUUUAACUACUAGUAUUAUCGUAACAUUUUUGAAUGAAGUAACAAAGUUUCCACGUUCUAUUUCAUUCAAGGUUUCAAAUUUAUUGGCUUAUCGACAAUAUAAAUAGCCUUUGGUCAUUUUACAUCCAUAAAAAAAAUGAGGGGAGCAUAUAAAUUUUAUUCCUGACUUGUAUAGUGGCCUAACAAAAUUACGACAUUAGAUAUAUUGUAAUAUCUCUGUUUAUCUUUUAUUUAUUGUAAAUGACAGGUAAUAACGUUGGAGAUCCUUAUAUACUCUACUUACCUAUGUUUUGCUUUUGUGAAAAUACCAUUGUUUGUAAUUAUUUUUGUGUGAAUACGAUGUUAGUAUAUAUUGUCUAGGAUUUGCUUAUUACAAGGGAGAGAAUCUUGUUUAUGUUAAAAAUUAUUCUGAUAAGAUUUAUCUUUCUUCCACUGGAUAUAUAUGCCGAAGUUGCAUAUUCAUCUCAAAAUAUUUUUCAUAACUUAAGUUUACAGUAUCAAAUAUCGUAUUUUAUUCUAUACCUAUUUUAUCUAUCCAAUCGCGAACGUUCAUUUGCAACACGUGACCGUACAAUAUAUUACGGUAUUUGGAUGCACGUGCGUACAAAAAUCCUGUAUUUUCUGUAUUUGGACGCACGCGCGUACAAAAAAUCCUGUAUUUUCUGUAUUUGGACGGUUCAACAGUCCCAUGUUAAACAUACGAUAGAUAAAGCCCGAAACGCGUGAAAAUGUUCCGAAUGUAAAUCGGAUGAAGUUGGCGCUCUGUGUACAGACUUUGAUUAUGCGUCUUGAAAUCUGGAUUUAAUUUGAGUUGUUGUUUUUUGUUUACAACACACAAAAACGAUUCAAGGGAUAACAAUGCUUAGCAGCUAUCUGAUUUAGAUAUUAAAACGUUUGUUAAUAAUCAAAAACUUAAAAAUACAGUAAAAAGGAUCAUCAGAUGUUGGAAUAUUUGAAAGUCGCUAAAAGAAGCCGUUCCGGACGAAACCUAGAAAUUGGUAUUGAUCAGCCCUGACUAUCUGAAUAGCUACCUCAGCAGUUUUUGUUUAACGGUUAAGAAACAAAAUGGAGAAGAUUAUAAAUGGCAGCGGGCGGUCAGCAUCCAAAUCAUGUCUGCUCUAUAAUUCAGUUUUCGUCGGCUCUUCACCAAACUUGCUGAGAAUGUUUGUGGGCAUUACAUCUCGGCCAAUUUCGAUAACCAGCCAAAUUGUACCAGGCACUCUUUGAUUAUAGUCCUUCAAUUACUCGAAAAACGGGGAAUUUAGCCUUGUCCGCUCUUUUAAGUCGAACAGUUUUCAUCCGAUCUUCACCAAACUUGCUGACAAUGUUUGUGGGCAUAAUAUCUCAGCCAAGUAUUAUUACCACCCAAAUCGCCAAAUGGCUGUUGUAGGGUGGUUGCACCAUAUACUUUUUUUAAUGAUGAUACGCAGAAAAAACAACAUUCAAUGAAUUACGUAUAUUACGUAUAAAGUGAAAUAAAUAUAGAAUAAAAAGGAUAUUUAAGGUCUAACAUUGUUCUGUAUAAUAUAUAUUUGCACUCGUACCAAGCUGGGAAAAACUAGAAAAGGCAGGAAUACAAUAUUCAGUGAAACAUUUUUAAUUUAAACUAUUAUUAUAGUAAGAUAAAAUAGAUAUAGAAUAAAAAGGUUAUUUAAGGUCUAACAUUGUUCUGUAUAAUAUAUAUUUGCACUCAUACCAAGCUGGGAAAAACUAGAAAAGGCAGGAAUACAAUAUUCAGUGAAACAUUUUUAAUUUAAACUAUUAUUAUAGUAAGAUAAAAUAGAUAUAGAAUAAAAAGGUUAUUUAACAUUGUACUGUACAAUACGAGAUAUAUUUGGACUCGUACCCAGCUGAGAAAACCAUAUUGAACUCGCCUAGCGGCUCGUCCAAUAUGGUUUUCUCAGCUGGGUACUCGUCCAAAUAUAUCACCGUAUUGUACAGAGCAAUGUUAAAUAACC